CGGACUUGCGCCCGAAAUUCGCUGCUCCAGUUCGACCGUCAUCCAUGACUGAAAAGACCUGGUCUCCGACGUCGAGACCUACAGUGUCGGCGAGCUAUGCGUUCCCUGCAAUGGUUGCUGUGAGGUUGCUUGUCGCCCUUGUUCAGCCCUUCGACCUCAUCCACGACCAUCAACUGUCCUCGCCGCUCACCUCUUAUCGCAAUUUGCAGGAAGGCAUACAUCUAUUCCGAAAUGGCAUUGACCCAUACUCUGGAGGAGUUUUUAGACAUUCGCCAUUGUAUUUAUCAUUAUUUUCGACGCUCAUACCUAAGUCGAAAACGUUUUCUGCCGUAUUAUGGACGUUGUGUGAUGCAUUAGGUGCAUACGCUUUGGUCCAUAUAUGGAGGGCACGCCAGGGGCUGGGGAAACAUGCACACAGUACGAGGGACGAGUUGGUGGCUGGCGCAUAUCUUUUCAAUCCAUAUUUAUUCUUACCCAGUGUGGCUCUCUCAACCUCCUCUUUCGAGAACAUGUUGGCCUUGUUAGCUCUGAUGUUCGCUUCCCAGAAAAAACAAUCGAAAGCACUUCUUGCGUUAUCUUUUCUCCUCCAUACCUCCUUAUCCUCGCUAGUCCUCUUGGCCCCAGUGCUACUUCUUCUUCUUAGCGACCCUCAUUCACACUUAGCGUCGCCAAGAGCGUUUUCCGGAGACCUGAAGAGACUACCGUCUUUAAUGGCUGAGUUUCUCUUGUACUUCUCGUUCCUAGCCGUCGCGUCUUGCCUCGCAUCAGGAGGAAUAACAUGGGUAUCGCAGACGUGGGGCGCAAGUUUGACACUUCCAGACCUUACGCCCAAUACCGGAUUAUGGUGGUACUUCUUUACUGAAAUGUUUGAUCACUUUAGACCGUUUUUCCUCAUGGUUUUCUCGGUGCAUCUGCUAAUAUAUACCGCUCCUGUCUGCAUCAAAUUUCAAUAUGACCUCCUUUACGCAUCGUUUGUACUCUUUGGAAUUCUUGGAAUUUUUAAAGCGUAUCCAACGCUGUCGGACCCUGGGUUGUUCAUCACGAUGCACGUCUUGUUCCCCGAAGUAUAUCCAUACUUAAGAUAUCCGAUAGUAACCGCCCUCUUACAUCUUCACGCAUCGCUCUUAAUGCCCCUUUUCCAUAACCUUUGGCUGGCGCAAGGAACAGGAAAUGCAAACUUUUUCUAUGCUAGCACGUUGGUGUUUGCAUGUGCGAAUGGUGCUGCAGUUAUCGAUGCGUUGUGGGCCGGACUAAGGAUUGCACUUGGGGAGGAAAAGGAAGGUUGGGUUAUUGCUCAGGAAUGAUCUUUUCUUCUUUUGAGCACCCGCCAAGAUUGUACUUGUUGGGAUUGUGAAAUCUACGUAGAUAUAGGGGAAUGAAUCGUUACUUCGAAAUCUGGGAGAGAAGUAUUCGUAUCAUGGCGAAGGGCGUAGAAUAAAAGGCACUGGCACGUAAAGGGAAGAAUCGAAGGCGAAGAACUGAAAGUCAGAUAAUGCCAUGGUCGAAUUUCAAAUACUCGAAUAGAUAGGUAGAUACGAAUUACAGAUUACGAAAACUGUAUCCA